GCUAGCAAACAACAGAGGAGUGAGGCAGAGCCCUUUAGAUACAGCCUACGACACACAAAAAAACCUCAAAAAUAUAUUAUUUCGUACUUCUAUCCCUUAUAUGUUUAGUUAACUAGUAAUUGUGAGUACAGCCGUGGUGUCUGUCGAUAAGCUCCCCUCGCUGUAUGAGCAGCAGCUAACAGACUAGUUAGCACUAUUAGCCUGAUAGCGAAACUUGCAGUUGGGCAGCUGGUUUCUGCUGGUUAGCAUCGAUGAGGAAACUUAACCUCGCUUCCAUGAAGUAAACAACACCGACUAGCUUGUCUGGAGUUAGCUAGCUGGCCGCUUGUCUAAGAAAGACUACAACAGAAUGACAGAGGAUGCUGUGUUGCUGAAUGUUCCCGUCAUUCGGCAGCUGUAUCACUGGGACUGUGGCUUAGCCUGCUCCAGGAUGGUGCUCAAGUACCUCCAUCCGGUCAGUGAUGAGGAGUUUCAGAGAGCAUGCUGGGAGCUCAAGCUGACAGAAAGUGUGUGGACUAUCGACCUGGCCUACCUCAUGUGCCAUCUAGGAAUCAAACACUGCUUCUGCACUCAGACUCUGGGUGUUGAUAAGGGCUUUAGGAAUCAGUCCUUCUAUAAGAAACAUUUUGACACAGAAGAAGACAGAGUAAAUGAGCUCUUCCUUAAAGCAGAGAGUAAAGGUGUGGUGGUGAAGAAAAGCUCUGUAACGGUGCAGGAAAUCCAGUCUCACCUGGAGCAGGGUCACGUGGCCAUAGUGCUGGUCAACGCCGUGGUCUUGACAUGUGAACUCUGCUCCUCGCCUGUCAAAUACUGCUGCUUCCUGCCGGUGGGCCAGAAGUGUUUCUGCAGGAAGCCGGAGUACCAGGGUCACUUUGUGGUGGUGUGUGGCUUCAAUAGGACCACUGGCUGCGUGUUCUACAACAACCCUGCGUAUUCUGACCGUGUGUGCUGUACCAGCGUCAGUAACUUUGAGGAGGCUCGGCGGAGCUAUGGGACAGACGAGGAUAUUCUGUUGAUCUUUAAGGAGAGUUGAUGGACAGCGAUGAUGGGUUUGGAUUUUGCUCUUUAGCUCAUCAUAGUAGUGACCUGAUGCUGCUGGUCAACAGUUCUGGACUAGUGGCUCCUCCCGUUGUCACAGAUCUCCUGGGCCGUCCUCUCCGGUGCUAAUAAGGCCAACUGCUGACAUGACCGCUGCAGAUUCACCGCUCUGACUCCCUUAUACUGUCAAUGCCACUCAACCCCUGAAGAAUUUACUGCUGGGAGUUUCAAUAAUCAAAAUUAAGCUUUUUUAAUCCACUUUCUUGAGAUGUGCAGGUAUUUCAAAUGGAUUUUAUCAUCUCUUUGUUGUAUUUUAAUGAGAUUUGAACUAUUGAAAUCUCAAACUGUGGCUGAAUUUUUUAGACUUGUGAAACUACAGCAGAUGAAAAGUGGGAAUUAUGACAUAGAAUAGGAAUAACCUGGAAAUAGUGUGCACAUAAUUCAGGGCUGAUGACAUUUAGUAUAUCCAAUUUACUGUUCCGUUUAGUGUUGAAGUCUUGAAAAGGCUCAUCAGCAGCCACCAGCCUCACCUCCACUUGCCUUUUAAAAAACAUCCUCCUGACUCACCUCUCUGUCACUUUUUAUUCUGAUGAUUCUAUCAACAGGGAAUACAGGAAGUAGUUGUGUUUUGAGUGUCUCAGGUAAUUAAUUAAUGCCCUAAGGUGUGACUUGUGCAUCCAAUGACAACUAGUUCAAUGCAACAGCUCAUGGUUUGUCUAUGAAGCUGACUCUGCCUGCAGAACAACCCGGGACAGCGGAUGAUCUGAAACUCAGUUUGAGUCACUUCACCGGGAAAAAAAACAGCUUAACACUUGGUGUUUUGGUGUUGUGGCAACAUGCUGGAUACAUUGCUUGGAUGUUUUGAUCAUGUGGCAAAACAAAAGUGUAGUUUUGAAUCAUGUUCUCUGUUGAGCGUGACAAAGAUUAGGUCAUUUGCUCACUGUCACUCAGUUCUAUUUUUUAAUUUUGGUAUUAUGUUAAGUUUUUGCACUAUACUUUUCAGACCAGACGAUUAUGUGUUAUUUAAAUUAAAUUACCAUGAAAUUACUUUUCUGAAUCUAUGAAAAGUGAUUUCUUCCUGGAUGUGCUUUUUGGUAAGAAUGGCACAUUUUAAACCACAAACAUUAUUUUUUAUUAAAACAUAGAGCCGCAUAUAUUAUAUGUUGUGAUUAAAAAGGAUUUGAACUUA